UUUAAUAUAGAUGCUGCUGCUGAGGGAUUUCACGCUCGACGCAGAUCUUGGGGCGUUCUUCUCACGCAGUGACGUCAUGACGUAAACGGACGCCGGGCUUUCAGGAAGAGAUAUCUGCUUCUGCCUGUGUCCAUGAGUGUGUUGUUGCUGGAGGCUUUCAAUGGCGGCUCUCACAAACAGCUGCUUGAUCUUCUCCAGGAAACUGUUGAAGACUGUGUAAGCUUCACCCUGCCUGCUAAGAAAUGGCACUGGAGGGCCAGAACUUCUGCCCUGUAUUUCAUGCAAGCAGUUCCAGCCAGUUCCCUCUACAGGGUUUUGUUCACCAGCUCCGUCCUCAAUCUCGCUGAGCUUGUAGCCCUGCGGCCUGAUCUCGGCCGUCUAAAGAAGGUUCUGUACUUCCAUGAGAACCAGCUGGUCUAUCCAGUCCGCAAGAGCCAAGAAAGAGACUUCCAGUAUGGCUACAACCAGAUCCUGUCAUGCCUGGUUGCGGACGUGGUUGCAUUCAACUCCUCGUUCAACAUGGAGUCUUUCCUGUCCUCCAUCUCCACCUUCAUGAAGACUAUGCCAGAUCAUCGACCCAAAGACCUGGACCGGCUCAUCCGUCCAAAGUGCCGUGUGCUCCACUUCCCGAUUCGCUUUCCCGAAGUCACAAGAUUCCUGCCUGCACACAAACGUCUCAGGCAUUCAGAGCGGCAUGUUAAUAUCUACAGUCAGGCUGCUCAACACCACACUGACACAUCAGUUCCAAGUGAAACGGAGUCACAUGAAGAGAAACUACAAAAGGAAGGACUGCAGUCUACGAGUUUGGCCCCAGGUCUGGAAGCAUCACAAAAUCAGCCAGCGUGUCGUCAGUGUGACGAGGGAGAGAAACCCCGACCACUCCACAUAGUCUGGCCACAUCGCUGGGAACACGACAAAGACCCACAGCUGUUCUUCCAGACCUUACUGAAACUCAAAGAACGACAGCUGAGCUUUGAAGUUUCUGUCCUGGGAGAGACUUUCACUGACGUUCCAGACAUCUUUGCAGAAGCCAAAGAACAGUUGGUUGACCACAUCCAGUACUGGGGUUUCAUGCCCAGUAAGGAAGAUUACCUCAAAGCGCUGUGCCAAGCAGAUGUCGUCGUGUCCACGGCCAAGCACGAGUUUUUCGGAGUAGCAAUGAUAGAAGCAGUACACUGUGGUUGUUAUCCCCUUUGUCCGAACACUUUGGUCUACCCUGAAAUAUUCCCUGCGACAUAUCUGUAUUCGACACCUGAACAGCUGUGUAAAAAAUUACAACAUUUCUGCAAGCGUCCGCAGUUAGUCAGACAACAUGUUACACAGGUGAACAUCAGUACUUUCUCCUGGGAAACUCUCAAGGACGAGUUCAAAUCUCUCUUGAGAGCAGAUUGUGACAUGAUUUCAACAGAGCAGCACACAUCAUGACAGGAACCUUAGAAAUACAUAUUUUACAUCUCGCCUCAUUGUGAAGUUGUGGAGCUUUUGAUGUAUUCAAAAAAUUGUAUAUGUUGGAUAAGUGCCUAAAAAAUGGCAGCACAGCCUUUUAUAUACAGUAUCUACUGUACCAGUACCACCAACUAAAAGCUUCCCAAUCUCUCCAACACAUAAGACCAACAUCUGUAUGUUAACUUCCAUGUGCAGGAAAAAACAACUUUUAUAUUUGUGGUUAAUGGCAGAAAAAGAGCAAAGUAAAAAUAAACAAUUGAAAAACCUGCGACUGCUUUCGUGUCACGCAUAGGCGGGUCCACCUCAUA